AUUCGUUCCAUUAAUAUUUAAAUAUUAAAUAUCAUAAUAUUUAUUCUACACCAUACAUCAUACUGACCUGUCACAGUUUUCAGUCAUUCAAGGAGAACCAACAGCACAAUAUUCACGACAUGAGUUCCAAAGGUCUGUUGGAGCGUCUACAGAAUGGCGGAAAUGUCCUGAUAGCAGAGGGAUAUGUCAUAGAAAUUGAGAGAAGAGGAUACUUGCAGGCAGGGGGAUUUGUACCGGAAGUUGUUUUAGAACAUCCGGAAAUAGUCAAGGGCCUGCAUAGAGAAUUUAUCCACGCCGGAACUGACGUGGUAGAAGCAUUAACGUAUUUCGGACACAGGGAGAAACUUAAGGCCGUUGGUCGUGAAAAUGAUCUGGAAAAUCUCAAUAGGACUGCUCUCAAAAUAGCACGAGACUUGGCGAAUGAAACUGGAACUUUGAUGGCUGGUGGACUUUGCUGUACAACUAUUUAUGACGUAAAUAAUCCUGACACCCACGACAAAGUCAGGUCAAUAUUCAAGGAGCAGGUGGAAUGGGCCGUUACAGAGGGGGCAGACUAUAUGAUUGCGGAGACGAUACAUUCUUACGGGGAAGCCAAACUGGCACUGGAGGCAAUACAGCAGUAUGGCAAAGGGAUGCCAGCUGUGAUUACUCUCACGUGCUUAAUUCCGGACGAGACGACGGAUGGCGUUCCCAUAGCGGAGGCGUGUCGCAAACUUCAGGAGGCGGGAGCAGCCGUAGUUGGCCUUAACUGUGGGCGUGGCCCCAGUACCAUGCUUCCGGCCCUUAGGGAGAUCAGAAAGGCAUGCAAGGGUCCAAUAGCCGCUCUUCCAGUGACCUACAGGACGAGAGAGGAUUGCCGAACAUGGCACUCCCUGAAGGAUCCAGACACCGGAAAAGGUGUAUUUCCGAAGAACCUGGCCUGUGUAAUGAGCAGCAGGGAUGACAUCCGGGAAUUCGCGGAGGAGGCAAAGGCGAUUGGAGUAAAUUACAUUGGACUUUGCUGUGGCAAUUCUCCAUUCUACUUCCGGGAGUUGGCAGAGGUGUAUGGGCGGAAACCGGAAGCUUGCAAAUACUCACCAGAUCUUUCACUUAAUGUUAUUUUGGAGGGUACUAAUUCAUCUUUACAAAAAUUACGGGAAUAUGCGUUUGGAAAGAAGUAGAAAAUAAAUCUAUGCCUCAGUUUAUAUAAAGACCUUCACUUGUAUAUUUUAGCUUCA